AUGUCUUCGCACGCUUCCAUGAGUCAGGAGCCUGCCCGUGGCCACAUCGACGAAACUCCGUAUGCCGACGGCUAUCGGUCUCGCUUUACUGAAGAGAUUCUCUAUCCUGACGGUGAUCGCGGCUCCAACCACCCUGCUGCCGCUGGGUUGGGCAUCCGCCUCCUGCGUCACGUCAACUGUGGCUAUCUCUCGACACAUGGACAUGCACCAACGCUGCUCGCUCUCAAGCAGCAUGCGCAAGCGCUCGCUAUUCUUAUUGUUAAGCUGGCACCCACGACGCAGUAUGCCGAAAUAAACAACCAAAACAACACCCGCGGCCGCAUCAGGAAGUCCUUUAGGGACAACGAGGCCUUCGACUGGCUCAACGACCUGAGCCACCCGUAUCAGAACGACGAUGAAUGGCACCACAAGCCGCUCAGCGAUCUUAUGAACCAGAUCCGGCACCAGUCCGAUACCCAAGGUAUCGUCCACCACUGUCCUUUGCAGCCCUUUGGGGAAGACAAGGAGAGGAGGACGAGGCCACACCCGUAUGCCUCCCACAGCGCUCUGGCACUCCACGCAAACGAGUGUCUCGAGAUGCUGGACCACGAGUACAGUGCCACGGGAGGCCUCAUGUCACUCCUCCCUACCGAUGCCGAGACCGACUCGGAGGAGAUGAGUGCCGUCCGCAACAGUCUCUUGGGCCAAUGGCUGCUGUUCAACCAGCACCUGGUAGCACGCAUGCACGACCUCGAACUGAGUUACGCCAACGCUCUCGAUGUCACCGCCGGCGAAGCCGCCGUGCCAAUGCAGAUGCUCUCAAAGAUGGGUCCUGACGCUUCUUCCGGGCGCGAGCUGGCCUUUCCGCAGGACAAAUGGGUCCUUGCGAACGCCGGCGACGACGUCUUCGACCACUUGCACCGGGCGCUAGACCGGGAGGAAGCGCAGAUUGACUACAAGAAGGAGAUUUGGACGGCUAAUGGCACCUAUGGCGAGCGAAUGUGGAACGAGCAGCGCGGUGGCGACCUCUACGCGCGUGGUCUCGUCUUCUACGAUGUCCUGACGCGGUUCUACCGGCUGCAGGGGAAGGGCAAGAGUACCAUCUUCAUCCUGCCGGCGCACGGCGUACACCCCGCGGUGCAGCAGACCCGGAAACUCGAGAUCACGCCCACGGUGGUCUCGGUGGUGACGCCGAUGUGGCCGGCGCGAGUGUCGGACUGGGAGAGCAAGUACAAGGACAAGCUGGACGAGGCCACGCGGAUGGAGAUCCAGAACCACCGGCUGACGACGUUGACGCAGACGAUGACGGAGCAAAACAGCAUACUCGCCACGUCACUGGACAAGGAACGGAUGACCAACGCCCAGUAUGAAAAGUACUACGGGGAGUCGGAGUCAAAGGAUGGCCCGCAGCGUCUGGAGAAGGCGGUGGCCAUACUCGACAUGGAGCUCAAGGAGAAGACGGAGGCGCUGAGUGCUCUGGAAACGGAGGUGAUGGAGAGCCUAAAGAAGGUGCCAGUCAAGUAUCAUGCGCUAUUCCCUGUGCAACCGCCCAUGAAGGAGGGGGAGGCUGGGCUCAUACAAGCGUCUGCGGGAGGCUCGUCUGCGAUCGUCAAUGACUGA